AUGUCGGGUCUAGGGGUUAAUAUCCAGAAAACUUCAAUGUUUUGUCAAGGCAUUGAUUCUGCAACUCUUGAUAGGAUCCACGCUCUUUUUAACUUGAAGGCUUCGUCCCUUCCAAUUCGUUAUUUGGGAUUGCCUCUGUCGUCUAAGAAGCUCUCUGUAGGGGAUUGUGAUCCUCUGAUUGUUCAAAUCAAACAGAAGCUUGAUUCAUGGAAUAAUAGACUUUUAAGUUUGGCUGGAAGAUUAUCCCUGCUCUCUUCUGUGAUUUCGGGUAUUAUUGGUUUUUGGACGAGCGCUUUUAUUCUGCCUCUGAAGGUUAUUAAAAGGAUUAACAGUCUCUCUAGCUCCUUCCUGUGGCAUGGAAAAACGGGUAAUAGUUCUGGUGCGAAGGUUGCUUGGAGGGAUCUUUCUUAUCCUAAGUCGGAGGGUGGCUUGGGACUUAGAGAUAUUGCGAGUUGGAAUAAUGCAUGUGCUUUGAAACUGAUUUGGAUGCUUUUCUUCAGAGCCGAUUCGAUUUGGGUGGCUUGGAUCCGUAACAGAUAUCUUUCUUCAUCUUUCUGGGCACUUAAUGAUAAGAAUUAUGCUUACUCGUGGAUGUUCAGAAAGAUUUUGAAGCUGCGAUCGAAAGCCAUUCAGUUUCUAAGCAUCAAAGUUAGAAAUGGAGAUUCAACUUUAUUUUGGUGGGAUCCUUGGACACCUUUUGGGUCUCUUUUUACCUAUCUGGGGGAGGAUGGACCCUCUCGUCUUGGUAUCCCGCUGAAUGCAACUGUAGUUUGGAGUGGAACAGGUUGGAAUCUUCCUCCAGCUCGUACUGAGCGUCAGGUUGCUCUCCAUUCUUUCCUGUUAACUAUUGGUUGUUCCAAUUCAAAUGAUGUUUCUCUUUGGUCUGUGAAUGGAAGGGCCAGUAAAUCUUUCUUAUUGAAGGAGGUGUGGAAUGAGACUCGAUGCAAGAAACCAGAGAUUCCUUGGGCUUCUUUGCUUUGGCACAAGGCGGGUUUGGCUCGUCAUCAAAUCACUACUUGGCUUUUCCUUCUUAACAGGAACCCAACUAUGGAUCGAAUGUCUUCAUGGGGUUUUGAAAUGGAAGGGACUUGUUUAUUAUGUGGAGCGAAUCGGGAGACUCGGGAUCAUCUUUUUUUCGAGUGUCCUUUUUCUGCUUUUGUUUGGGAAAGACUAAUGAUCCAGCUGGAUUUGUGUAUUGUGCCAAUGAGUUGGAUGAAUCUUUUGUAUUGGCUCCAAGUUGCUUCUCUUGAUAAUACUCUGAGGUUAGCUGUGCUUCAAGGAUGGCAGGGAGCUGUCUACGAGAUUUGGCGAGAGCAUAACCGGCGACUGCAUGAUGGUGUUACCCUUUCACAAGGGAAAGUUUUCAGAAUCAUUAUCAGCUUUGUCAUGGAUAAAUGUCGUGCUUUGGCACUUAGAUUCUUCAAGUGGAGAUUUGAUUCUUCAAAAGUGGUCUCUUUCUAA